UGAGCAGCCCCGUGACCCAAACACACAGGAACCCAGCUGACACCCGCAUAACAGUGACGCGGAAUAGCGCUCUCUUCACCCUCCAUACACCCUGACGGGCGGUUUUCCUUGUAGCUGAUAAUGGCGUAUAAGCACAACAUUGUCACACCGCCAAAGUUUGACUGACAGCUCGUAGUGAUAAGCGGGCACCUCCGGACACCCAUGCCUGCAGCCACACACACCCUCUUGUACAGUGAAGAUUUCUGAGCGGCUCUUCCUCCUGCUGUGAGGCGGUCAUGUUUGAGUCUGUGGUGGCAGAUCUCCUGAACAGGUUCCUCGGGGAUUACGUGGAGAAUCUGGACAGGUCCCAGCUAAAGCUGGGCAUCUGGGGGGGAAAUGUUUCACUUGAAAACUUGAAGAUUCGUGAAAAUGCCCUGAGUGAAUUGGAUGUGCCAUUUAAAGUAAAGGCUGGACAGAUUGAUAAACUCAUCCUUAAAAUACCUUGGAAGAAUCUGUAUGGUGAUGCAGUGGUUGCCACUCUUGAAGGUUUAUAUCUAUUGGUGGUACCUGGCGCAAGCAUACAAUAUGAUGCAGAAAAAGAAGAGCGGAAUGUUCAAGAAGCAAAACAGAGGGAUUUGCUACGAAUUGAAGAAACCCUACAGAAAGCUGCUGAAAAGGGACUUCUUGAUGACUGCCACAACUUGCAGGGUUUUAUGUGUAGUAAGAAACAGUCUGGACUCAAACGUAAAAAGCACAAAUCUUUUAAAAACCGUUUUAAGGUUCAUGAUGCUAAAAAAGAUAAACCUAAAGAGGAGAAGAAGGAUACUUUUCUUGAAAAACUGGCAGCACAAGUUAUUAAGAAUCUGCAGGUCAAAAUCACUAACAUACACAUCCGAUAUGAAGAUGAUAUCACUGAUGUCAGUAUUCCAGUAUCUGUAGGAAUGUCCCUUGCUGAGCUAAGUCUUCAGACUUCCAGUGAAUCAUGGACACCAAGCAUACUAAAUGAAGCUGCUAAAGUAAUAUACAAGUUGGUUCGUCUUGAUAGUUUCAGCACCUACUGGAAUGUAAAUAGCAAACUGUAUUACAGUCAUUCACGUGAAAACAUCCUGGAAAAUCUGAAAUCUGGGGUUAUGUCAAAUGGUAGAAAGCCCUUAGAUUACGAGUAUAUCUUUAAGCCAGUAUCUGCUUCAGCAAAACUUUACAUCAACCCAAAUGCAGAACUAGAACUGCGAACACCAAAGUUAGAUUGGAAUAUGGAGGUUCAAGAUAUUGCAAUAGAACUAACCAAGCCACAGUACCUCAGUAUGAUUGAUGUGUUGGAGUCUGUGGACUACAUGGUUAGGAAUUUACCAUACCGAAAAUACCGACCAGUUGUAAAUCUGAAGGAAGCCCCUAGUGAAUGGUGGUUGUAUGCAAUUACCAGCAUCUUGGAAGUUCAUGUUAGAAGAAGAACAAGAAUGUGGUCAUGGCUUCACAUCUCACAGCACAGGGAAAACUUAAAAAACUACAAAAAUGCAUACAAGGUCAAACUGACGCAAACAAAAGUUCCUGAAGAAAUCACAAAGCAGAUACAGGCAUUGGAAAAAAUUCUUGAUGUAUUUAACAUAAUUUUGGCUAGACAGCAAGCACAAGCAGAGGUUGUGCGGUCAGGUCAAAAGCUGCUAGCAAAGAAGGCUUCACAGACUGGAGAGAAGAAAAGUGGAGGCUGGUUUGGAGGGUUUUGGGGGAAGAAAGAAACCUCUAAGAAAGAAGACUCUGAAGAACUCUCAGUCCCUGAUAAAAUUAAUGACUUGAUGUCUCCUGAGGAAAAAAAGAAACUUUUUACGGCAAUAGGUUACAGUGAAAGCUCUCACAAUCUCAAUUUGCCUAAAACGUAUGUUGCUCACAUUCUAAGUUUCCAGUUAGUUAGCACAUCUAUAAUUAUCAGAGACAAUGUCCAUGCACCAGAGACAUUAAAGGUGCAGAUAGUUGAUCUCAGCACUAAAGUUUACCAAAGACCGGGAGCACAGGCUAUAAAAGUAGAAGCGAAACUGGAUCACUGGUAUGUGACAGGUCUUAAACAGAAAGAUAUAGUUCCUUCUCUAGUCAGUACGAUUGGCUCAAGUGAAUCCUCCCUCCUUAAGAUUCAUUUUGAAACUAACCCAGAAGAUAGUACUGCUGAUCAGGUCCUAGUUUUGCAGUCCCAGCCUGUUGAGAUUAUUUACGAUGCUGCAACAAUAAAUGCUAUAGCAGACUUUUUCCAGACACACAAAGGAAUGGAUUUGGAACAGCUAACUUCAGUGACAUUGAUGAAACUUGAAGAGAUUAAAGAAAGAACGGCUGCAGGGCUAUCACAUAUGAUUGAAACUCGGAAAAUUCUUGACUUGCGGAUAAAUCUUCAGCCAUCCUAUCUGUUGAUUCCAAAGACUGGCUUCUAUUAUGAAAAUUCUGACCUCAUCAUUGUGGAUUUCGGUAGUUUACAGCUCAAUAGCAUUAAUCAGGGCUCUCUUCCAGCUGUUGGAACUUCAUCGUUAGAAGAGCUGAUGGAUAAAGCCUAUGACAAAUUUCAUGUUGAACUCAAAAAAGUGCAAAUGCUGUUUAGCAAGCCAGGCCAAGACUGGAAGACUGCUCGAGGGCUGAAGUCAUCAUCUCUUCACAUUUUGCAGCCUCUAGAUAUUGACGUGGAACUUUCAAAGGCCAUGGUAGAGCGAGACAGUCGAAUGCCUAGGUUCAAGGUGUCUGGAGAGUUACCUUUGCUGCGUUUGAAGAUCUCAGACUAUAAAAUCCAAGGAGUGUUUGAACUGGUUAACAGUAUUCCCCUUCCCCAAUCUCAGACUAGUAGUCCAACCAUAAAGGAGAAAAAGAUUCCUAUUGUCCCAAUUUUGACUAGAAGACCAGAAAAACUGUUUAAAAGAGAUAUUGAGAAGUCACUACUUUUGGAAGAUGAAUCAUUAUCUGACUCAGAUGAAGAAUUCUUUGAUGCAACAGCUGAUGUUUCCAGAAAAUUACCUCUGAAAGUUGCCACAGAAACUAAUAAACCCACUCCAGCUGAAGAAACCAGCCUUGAGGAACUCACUGAUCUUCAACUCAAGUUUGAAAUAAAAGAAGUAACACUUGAGCUUACUAAGCAGCGAGAGGAGCAGGAGAAUACAGUCCUUAAUUUCCGGAUACAGCAGUUGGGUACUGAAGCCUGUGUGAAGACCUAUGACCUCAGUGUUGUGUCAUACCUAAAGAAAAUAACGCUAGACUACUAUGAUGUUUCAGGCCUCCUCAAACAGCCUCUUCAUUUAAUCAGCUCUUCUGAUAAACAAGGCUUGGAUCUAUUAGAAGUGGAAUAUAUUAAGGCUAACAAAGAUGGCCCUGAAUUUCAUACUACCUUUGAGAACACUGAACAAAAACUAAAGGUGGCCUUUUCAUCUAUGGACCUCCUGCUCCAUUCUCAAGCCUUGCUGUCUGCUAUCAGCUUUAUAACCGCAGCAGUCCCCAGCAUUACUGAUAAGGCAGAGGUUUCCUCUGUACAGAAGAAGCAGGACAAAGGGACUUUUGUAAAGAAAGCAACAAAAGCCUCCAAAGAUAAGGAUUUUAUUGCAUUCAAGCUGUUUGCUAAGCUGGAUUCUUUUAGUAUGAAUAUGUGGGAUGAGAACAAGCAUAUCGCUGAAAUCAAAAUAUUAGGCCUAGACUCCUCUGUUUUCCUGGAAUCCAGCCAGAUAGAAGUGUUUGCCAGAUUGAAGGAUAUUGUUGUCAAUGACGUCAAUCCAAAAACCAUUCAUAAAAAGGCUGUAUGCAUAAUGGAAGAUGAAGUUUUCAACUUUAAUUUGACGCUCUACCCAGAUGCUACACAAGGAGAUUCCUAUAAAAAUGUGUCUAAAGUGGAUGGAAACAUAUCCCUCAAAGUUGGCUGCAUAAGAAUUGUUUUCCUAAACAAAUUCCUCAUGUCGUUUAUGGACUUUCUGAACAACUUUCAGACUGCCAAAGAAAAAGUAAGUGCAGCAACAGCACAUGCAGCACAACGUGCAGCCACUCGUGUGAAAGGUUUGGCCGAGAGGAGUUUUCGACUCUUGAUGGAUGUUCACCUUAAAGCUCCGGUCAUAGUUAUCCCCCAAUCUUCCACAUCAAACAAUGCUAUAGUGGCUGAUCUAGGAUUGCUGAAAAUAAACAAUGCAUUUAGCCUGGUGUCUUCUGAGUGCUUACAAAUUCCACCUAUAAUAGACUGCAUGACUAUUAAUCUCACCCAGUUCAAGUUGUCACGGGAAGUGUUGCACACUGAUUCAGUGCAGUCAGACAUACAGAUUCUCCACCCUAUCAAUCUCUGUUUGUCUGUAAAUCGCAACCUUGCAGCCACAUGGUACCAUGAUAUUCCUGAUUUGAACGUUAAAGGACAUCUAAAUACUAUGGACGUCUGGUUGAGUCAUGAGGAUUUAAGUGUACUCUUCAAUGUCUUGGUGGAAAAUCUUGGUGAGGGUAGAGGAGGCUCUGCAGAUUCAGGGCAAACCACUGGACAGGCUGCAUAUGUUGUAAAAUCCAAACAAGGAGUGGUACAUACCAUGUCUACUAAAAAAGAAUCUGGUGAAAUGUCAGAGUUGGAAUCAGAAAAGUCCUCAUCCAAUCUAAGUCUUCUAAUUAACUUUGAAAUUAAAAAGGUUGUGGUCCAGCUAAUGAAGCAGGUUAGAGGAAAUGCUCCACCUCUCCAUAUUAUAGAGAUAUCACAGCUAGGAGCAGUAACACAGGUGGGAACCCAUGAAAUGAGAGCGGCUGUUUAUUUGCAAAAAAUCAGCAUGACAUGCAAUGAGUUCCCAGGUCCCAAAGGAGGUCCUCUACUCCUUAUUAAUUCUUCUGAUGAUACCGAUGAACAUCUUCUAAAAAUGGAGUAUAUAAAGGCUGACAGCAAUGGGCCCAAUUUUAGAACUGUUCACAGCAAUACUUUGCAGACUUUGAGUUUUUCCAUGACUUCACUAAACUUGGUCCUCCACACGCAAGCAUUGUUGUCCUUAAUGAAUUUUCUAUCUGCUGCUGUCCCAUCUUCUGAGGCUAAAGUGACAGAAAAAGCUAAAGAAUCAAAACCUGAUGCAGAAGGAGAAAAAAACGUGAUUACUAAACCAGACACUGGUAAGUGGGUAUCGAGAAUAUAUGAACUUGAUAUCAUUGACUUGAAGCUAUCCGCAACUCUAAAUGCCUUUAAUGUUUUUGUUUGUGAUGAACUGUGCAACAUUGCCGAUAUUAGGAUACAAGGAAUGGAUGCCUCUUAUACUGUACAUGCCAAGAAGAAAGAACUAUUUGCUCGUCUCUGUGAUAUUGUUGUUAUUAAUGUAGAUCCUAAAACGAUUCAUCAAAAGGCGGUCUACAUCCUGGGAAAAGAAGUCUUUAGCUUGCAGAUGACAUUGUAUCCCGAUGCGACAGAAGGUGCUGCAUACACAAAUAUGUCUGCUAUAGAUAGCAAAAUUUUGCUCAGGGUGGGCUGUAUCCACAUUGUAUAUUUACAUAAAUUUCUCAUGUCUCUCCUGAAUUUUAUGAAUACAUUUCAAACAGCCAAAGAGGCAGUAAGCUCAGCCACUGCUCAGGCUGCAGAAAAAGCAGCGUCUAGCAUGAAGGAUUUUGCACAGAAAACCUUCCGUCUCUCUAUGGACAUAAAUCUCAAAGCUCCUGUCAUCUACAUACCUCAGUCUUCUACCUCUACCAAUGUUAUUGUUGCUGAUUUAGGCUUGAUAAGAGUCCAGAACACUUUUACUUUAGUUCCUGAAGUCAAUGCUCCUCUUCCUCCUGUCAUCGAUAAAAUGGAAAUUCAACUGACAGAGCUGAAGUUGUCAAGGUCAGUCAUUCAAAAUGGAUCUCCUCAACCAGAACUAGAGCUAUUGCAGCCUGUGAAUCUGAACGUCUAUGUACAGAGAAAUCUGUCAUCAUCUUGGUAUUCCCAGAUUCCAGCCAUUCAGAUUGAUGGGGACUUAAAGCCUAUGCAGAUUGCUCUGAGCCAAGAUGACCUCACUAUCUUAAUGAGUGUCCUGUUUGAAAACCUUGGUGAAACUCCAUCACUCCCAAGUGCAUCUCCACCAGCUGUUAAAAAACUUGUGAAAGAGUCAAAGGUGUUUAUUCAACAAACAGAGAAAACAGGCUCUGAAUCUAUCGAAGCUUCCAGCGAGGAGACAAUAGUUACAACUUUGAAGUUUGGCUUUAAUUUUGAAUCACUCUCUAUUGUACUCUACAAUAAUGAUAACAGUAAGGUGGCAUCUGACUGGCUUCAUAAUGAAAACCUACGCCUGGGAGAAUUAAGGCUAGAUUGUCUAUCAUCCUCAGGAAUGAUGAGCGCAAACAGUUCAAUGGACUUUUCAUUUCAACUUAAAACAUGCACCCUUGAUGAUCUUAGAGAGGGUUUAACCAGGGCUACAUCCAGAAUGAUUGACCAGAAAGAUGCCUCUAGCACACGUGGUAUGAUUGAUAUAAACUACAAGCAAACAGGACAAGAGCGCUUCAUCACAGCCAUCUUGGAUAAGCUUUAUGUGUGUGCAAGUGUGGAAUUCUUGAUGACUGUAGCAGACUUCUUUAUUCAGGCCAUACCUCAAAAUCCAUCCACAGAAAAACCGCUGCAGAUUCCAGCCAGGCCAUCCACCCCAACCAAGACAAAAGUAGACAGAGAAGAACUUGCAGCAUCUAAAAAAAUGUAUGUGAAAGCAUUGGUCAUGGAUCCUGAAAUAGUGUUUGUAGCCAGCCUUGCAAAAGCAGAUGCUCCUGCCUUAGCCGUGUCUUUUCAGGGUAACUUGACUCUCUCCGAUAUAAAUUCUGAGAAGAAGAUGACAGCCAUAAUCAAAGAAUUUAAAGUCCUGGCCUGUCCUUUCCUUCGACAACUAAGAGGCAGUAACAUCACCACGGUAAUACAGCCCUGCUCCCUGCAUUUACAGAACACAACAUCUGUGACAGGUAGCCAGAAUGGCAGCCUUAAUGUAGACGAAGUCAUCAUAAAGAUUUCUCCCAUAAUUUUGAACACUGUGCUGACAAUUAUGGCAGCUCUAAAACCAAAGCCGAAGGACAAUGAAGAGAAGGGGCAAUUAGUUAUACCUAGAAACAUAUGGGACACAAGUACAACUGACAACUAUAGCAGCUGGUUCCUGGGAGUGGAUACCGCCCAUGAAGCAACAGAAUGCUUUCAGAAUCCAGAAUGCUCCACGAAAGAAGAGAACUUUGAUAUAGUAGUUAAAGUGGUGCAAGUGACACUUGAAUGUGGACUAGGACAUCGCACAGUGCCACUGCUUUUAGUGGAAUCUACUUUCACAGGAGGUGUACAAAAUUGGACAUCUUUCAUGAGCGUGACUGCUGACACUACACUUGAGGUUCAUUAUUAUAAUGAAUUAUAUGCUGUCUGGGAACCCUUUAUUGAAAGAGUGGACAAUGGAAAGCACCAGUGGAAUCUGAAACUUGAGAUGAAGAACAACCCAGUUCAGGAAAAAAGUCUUCUUCCUGGUGAUGACUUCAUUGUAGUACCAGAGCCCCAGUCUGCCAUUAAUAUUACUUCUAAGGACACCAUGAAUAUCACCAUCUCUAAGUGUACUCUGGGAGUUUUCAGUAAUCUGGCAAAGGCUUUUUCUGAAGGUACUGCUUCUGUUUUUGACUAUUCUUUAAAGGACCGGGCCCCUUUAAUAGUCAAAAAUGCACUAGGUGUACCCUUUAUUCUUGACCAUGGUGCAAAUCUGAGGCUAUGUGGAUCUUCUGUUGAUGAGCCUAUACAUAUUGUGAAUGAAGGACAGUGUUUGGAGCUGGAAUUUUCAUCUGUACAGUCUUUGUACCGUGGGAGGUUAUCAGCACUGCAUCGACAGGAAAGCAGCCUUUUUACUCUUGGCCUAGUGCCACAGGGAUACACUGAGAUUACUAAUAUCCCGCUGAGUAAGCCAGCUAGACGUCUUUAUAAUGUGCGCAGUCCCUUACAAGAGUCUUGUGUAUCCAUUGUUGUACAGAUAGAUGCCAGUGAGGGUAACAAAGUUCUUUUCGUUAGAUCUCCACUUCAGAUCAAGAACCAUUUUUCAGUUCCAUUCAAAGUAUAUAAGUUUGUGGCAAAUGCAAAACUAAUAGAAUCUAUUGGAGUCUGCAAACCAGACGAAGAGUUCCAUGUUCCGCUACAUUCAUACAGGUGCCAACUAUACUUGAAACCGAUGGGUGCACUAGAUGGUCAGUAUAAAGAGUCCACAACCUAUAUUAUGUGGAAGGAAAUGCUGCACAGGAGCAAUGAGGUUCAAUGCACUCUUCAGUGUCCAUCCACAGAGAUAAACUUUCUGCCUCUUGUAGUGAAUUGCACAGCAGUGCCUGAUGAAAUAAAUUUUAUCACCAGUAAUGGGGAAAAGGACUGGGACCCAGCUUACAUUAUUCAUUUGUACCCCUCACUAACCAUCAAGAACCUUCUUCCGUACUCACUGCGAUACCUGCUUGAGGGGACAGCAGAAGCUCACACAUUACCUGAGGGAAGCUCUUGUGAUGUCCUGAAUUCUCGAAUCAGUGGUGAAAUCAUGGAGCUUGUCCUAAUCAAAUAUCAGGGCAGAAACUGGAAUGGCCACUUCAGGGUCCAUGGUGGUCUCCCUGAAUUUUUCCCUAUAUGUUUCAAAGCUGACUCUACUGAAGUUAUGACAACAGACCUCUCUGUGCAUGUAAAACGCAUUGGAAACCGCAUGGUACUCUCUGUCUUUAGCCCAUAUUGGAUUAUUAAUAAGACAUCACGCAUCUUGCAAUACCGUGCAGAAGACAUUCAUGUCAAGCACCCAUCAGAUUACAGAGAUGUGAUACUUUUCUCUUUCAAGAAGAAGAACAUUUUCAGCAAAAACAAGAUUCAGUUGUGUAUUUCCACAAGUUCCUGGUCAUCUGGAUUUUCCCUGGAUACAGUUGGAAGUUAUGGUUGUGUGAAAUGUCCUGCUGAUAAAUUGGAAUAUUUGGUUGGCGUGAACAUUAAAAUGAGCAGUUUUAAUCUGACACGGAUUGUUACCUUGACUCCUUUCUACACCCUUGUCAACAAGUGUGGACUAGAGCUUGAGGUGGGAGAAAUAGAAGCAGAUGGGUCUUUGCCAGAUAUGAAGUGGCAUUACGUUGCAACCUCUGAGUGUGUGCCAUUCUGGCCAGGAAAUGUCUCUCAGAAGCUGUGUGUCCGAGUGAUUGGCUGUGCAGGAUCAUCAAAACCCUUUUUCUUCAACAAGCAGGAUAAUGGAACCUUGCUGGUAAUUGAGAGCAUGAAUACAGGACUUCUUGUGGACGUCAGUAUCUCAGAUCACUCAAUAGUGAUUAAAUUCUCUGAUUACUAUGAAGGAGCUGCACCUGCAUUGAUCAUGAACCAUACACCACGAGCUAAACUGACAUAUAGUCAGAGUGGCAUUGACAAGGAAAAGGUACUUUUACCUGGAGAAACAAGAUUGUUUGCAUGGGCAGAUCCAACAGGCACCAGAAAACUGUUUUGGACAUACGGCCAAAACAAGGGGGAGCUUGAUCUAUUAAAGGAUGAAAGUGGUCAGUUUGCUUACAAUCCUGAAAUUCAGAUUCAUUGGGUGUCAUUCCUGGAUGGACGCCAGAGAGUACUGCUUUUUACAGAAGAUGUGGCUUUGGUGACAAAGGCACGCCAAGCUGAAGAAAUGGAGCAACCAGAUAAGGAAAUAAAUAUAUCCAUUCAUAGUUUCGGGCUUUCUCUGAUCAACAAUGAGGCCAAACAAGAAAUUUGUUACAUGGGAAUCACCAGCUCAGGUAUUAUCUGGGAGUUAAUGCCAAAACGGAAGUGGAAACCCUUUAACCAGAAACAAAUUCUUCAGCUAGAGCAAGCCUAUGAGAAAUAUCUCACUGGAGAGCAGUGCAGAUGGACAAAACUAGAUGUCAACUUUGAGGUCAGCUUCAGUUCCAUGGAAAUGCGCUUGCCAACUAAGUGCAAAAUCAGAAGAAGCUUCCUCUCUGGCAUCCAUGUAGAACUGAAAGAGUCUCCACACCAAAGAAGUUUACGGGCUCAAUUAUACUGGUUACAGGUGGAUAACCAGCUUCCUGGUUCUAUGUUUCCUGCUGUUUUCCAUCCUGUUGCUCCUCCCAAAUCCAUUGCUUUAGACUCAGAACCAAAGCCAUUUAUAGAUAUCAGCAUCAUCACAAGAUUCAAUGAAUUUAGCAAAGUCAAGCAGUUUAAGUACUUUAUGGUUCUGAUCCAGUGUAUGGCACUAAAGAUUGACCAGGGCUUCCUUGCAGCCAUCAUGGAGUUGUUCACCCCUUCCAGCGUUCCAGAAGUUGAGAAACAUACAAAACUAAUCCAGAAAGACCUAGAUGCUUUAAACACAGAGCUGAUGGAAUCUUCCUUGACCGAUAUCACAACCCCAAGCUUCUUUGAACAUUUCCACAUUUCUCCUGUGAAGUUACACUUGAGCCUCUCUCUGGGCUCUGGCGGGGAAACAAACAAAGAAGAACAUGAACUUGUUGCCAUCAGUUCAGUCAACCUCCUUUUAAAAAGCAUUGGAGCUACUCUUACUGAUGUGGAUGAUCUAAUUUUCAAGCUAGCUUGUUUUGAAGUACAGUAUAAGUUCUACAAGCAGGAUCAGCUAAUGAAACUUGUUAUCAGACACUACAGUGAGCAGUUCUUAAAGCAGCUUUAUGUCCUUGUCUUUGGCCUGGAUGUCUUGGGAAACCCUUAUGGACUAAUAAGAGGACUAUCAGAAGGAGUGGAGGCUUUCUUUUAUGAACCCUUCCAAGGCGCAGUGCAGGGACCCGAGGAGUUUGCAGAGGGCUUGGUGAUUGGUGUGAAGAGCCUUCUUGGGCAUACAGUAGGUGGAGCAGCUGGAGUUGUUUCACGUAUUACUGGGUCUGUGGGGAAGGGAUUGGCUGCCAUCACCAUGGACAAAGAAUAUCAGCAAAAGAGGAGAGAAGAAAUGGGCAGGCAGCCAAAGGAUUUUGGAGAUAGCCUGGCUAAAGGAGGGAAAGGAUUUUUACGGGGUGUAGUUGGAGGAGUGACUGGAAUAAUUACAAAGCCAGUAGAAGGAGCUAAGAAAGAGGGAGCAGCUGGGUUCUUCAAAGGAAUAGGAAAAGGACUUGUAGGUGUUGUGGCAAGACCUACAGGCGGAAUUAUUGACAUGGCAAGCAGCACCUUCCAGGGAAUACAGAGAGUAGCGGAAUCUACAGAAGAUGUUUCUCCACUUCGCCCUCCUCGUUUUAUUCAUGAAGAUGGAAUCAUAAGACCUUACAAUCAAAAUGAAGCUCAGGGUCUGAACUUUUUUGAGCAAGAUUUGGAAUGAAGGAGAGUAAAAUAAUGUUUUUUUCUUAUCUUCAUUCUGAACCGCAUCAUUGAAAUUGUUUACAGAUAAGAUACAUUUCAGGCCUAGGAAUUAGACUUCUUCUGGUCUCAUACAUUUCUUCCAUAUUCCAUCAGCUUGCACAUCUAUGACACAUAAGUGAAAUGGUUUCCAGACUAAUGUGUCUUACAGUUUAUUUGUAGCAUGUACAGAAUAACCUAAGACUGAUGUUGCAUAUUGCCUGUGCUAUUUCAUUUAAUUAACUCUUGGUUGGAAUACACUUGUUGUUUUAUGUGCCUUUUUGAUAUAGUUUUUAAUGACUUGAUCUGUGUUAUUAGUUCACUUUCUAAUAUUAUUAAUGAAAUCUGUUAGAUCUUUUCGGCUCUUUCCUUGUAGCUCAUAGUUCUCUAUGAUAAAUUGUUUUCUUUUUCCAUAAAAAAUAUGGUUGGAGGAGUCUGUCUCACUAAGAAAACAUUAUUUUUCAUACUGAGGGGUCCUACAUAGUACCUUUUUCUGUAAGCCAGUAUAGAGAGCCACUAAGUAUCAAUGUUUUCUGCACUAGAGGAUGCAAUCUGCUUAACCAUUAAAUGGACAGCAUCCAUAGGUUGGCAUAUAUUGCUAUAUAUGUGGUUUCUGAAGCCAGGCCCACAGGGAUCUGAUGAUUGUUAAGCUCUUUGUAUGUUAAAAAUAGACAUCCCUCUAAGCCCUAUCAUUUUAUUGUAGGGAAAAACUGUAAUAUGUACAAUUUGCUGUACUUUUAAACAUGAAAGUGCCUAUUGUUUUUAGUCAGAAUAAACCCUGCCACCCAUCGUAGAUUUAUUUUUUGUGCAGCUCAGGGACUACCUAAAUGCUUGUAAUGGUGUGUGAAUGGUAACAAUCUCUGGGCAACAGCUAUUGAAUCGGAAUUGCUACUUGGAUUUUUUUAUUUUUUUUUUAUUAAUGUAGACACCAAUAGACUUGUCUUAAAGCACACAUAAAUAUUUAAAAGUUCCAUGCUGUUUAAGCUUUUUGUGUAGUGUUUCUGAUGUUUCAGAUGUCCUUUCUUUUUAUUUGCACUCUUCGGGUUGUGAUGAAUUAAGAGUUUUUGAAAGUGUAAAUUCAAUUACUAAAACCAUAUUGUUAUUUAUUGGUAUACAUGUAAGAGAGCUAAAGGGAUAUUCAGCAAACAAAGGUUAAUAGUAAGGAUUUUUAAAUGAUGGUUUCUCAUACUUUAUAAGCGAAAUGCUUGUUAGUGAAUAAGAAAAUUCUUAUUUAAAUUUGGGGGCAGCAAUUCAGUACAUAACAAGUCCUGUUCUCAGCUGAGUAGUAAAUACAAUUGUACGCUUUGUGACCUAAACACUCUGGACUCCAGACUGAUAGGGUAUAUUCACACACAAUGGUCUAAUCACAAUAGGACUGUUUCAUAAUAAAUAAACCCAUACAUUAUUGAAAGCUAAAAGCAAGAUUUGAGUAGCUGAUAAAGUGUUUAUCUAAUUGAACAGACUGGACACAGAUGUAUCAACUUUUCGUAUAAGAACAGGUUUACAGUGUAUGAAUGUAAGCCAGUGUUCUUACUCUCUGACGCCCAUUCGUAAAAAUGAAUACAUGAAAGGGGGUACUCCACUGGAAUUUUUUUUUUUAAAUCAACUGGUGCCAGAAAGUUAUACAGAUUUGUAAAUUACUUCUAUUAAAAAAUCGUAAUCCUUCCAGUACUUACCAGCUGCUGUUAUGAUCCACAGGAAGUUAUUUUCUUUUUGAAUUUCAUUUCUGCCUGACCACUGUGAUUUCUGAUGACACCUCUGUCCACUUUAUGAACUGCACAUAGCAGGAGAAAGGAAAUUCAAAGUGAAAAGAACUUCCUUUGUAGUUUACAGUAGCUGAUAAGUACAGGAAGGAUUAAGGUUUUUUUAAUAGAAGUAAUUUACAUAUCUGUUUAAGGGUGCUUUCACAUUACUAUUGUAGUGUAUGGUUGCUGGAUCCGGUUGGGAGGAGCAAAAACCGGCCGCUCCCGUAUCCCGGCCGGUUCUGGCCCGAACCCCAUUCAUUUCAAUGAGUCGACCGGAGUACGCUUUAGAUUGACCUUUGCGCUGGAUAUGGAGCAUAUUUACAAGCCUGGCCCAUACAAAGAAUAGAGUAUGGAGAUGUUCGUUGUGUCUAUGCCAAUGGGGCUUUCCAUAAAGCAUAUUUCUAAAUGCUGUUAAAUACAGAUUAGGCAAGAUGGCCUCCCUGAAGAUAAUGUACUAAAAAGAAAAAUUAAUCAGAAAAUAGAAACAGAUUAGAAAAAAUACAUAUUUCAGUAUCAAGCCAAAAACUGUAGAAUUAAGAAAAUCUAGAUAACACAUUUAUAAAUCUGAUGACUCUAUGGUGACAAGAUAUGUUUACAUUUUUGGGCAACUACAUAGCUGAGACUUGCCCCAGGCUACAGCAGUCAAGAUUGGAAUUUGCAGGAACUCCCAUAGACUUGUAUGAAACUUCAGACAAAUCGGUAUCCUCAUUUGCUGUAGUGUCAGGCUGUGAAGUUGCUGAGAGAUUUAAACUGAUAGACUGCCGCGGGAGGCUCUUCAGAGUUGCUCUUUAAAGAAUUGGUCAGUUUCUGAUUACACAUUCCCUGUAAACUUCAAUAACAUAAAACAUUGUACAAAGACAGUUACAACCAAUGGAAAUCUUCUGAGUGUUAAAAUGCUAAUCUUUACUAACCAAUGGUACAAUCAUUGCAUUUACCAUUGUCCCAGAAAAAUACUAAAUAUUUUUCAGGAGUCAAACAAUUUGGUCUAACAAAAAUAGUUCUUACUCUAGAAAAAAAAUACAAAAUUUCAGGUAAGGCUCCUUUCACACUAUGAAUUUCUCAGUUUAGGAACUUCCGUCAGAAGU